CAGAGCGCGAGGCCAGGCGAAGCGAGGGCGGCGCGCGCGCGCUCCCACUCUCGGGCGCGCGUGCGUGCGUGCCUUCGUGCGAGCGCGUGGCCGCGUGCGCCUGAGCGUGUGUGAGAGAGCGAGAGGGCGCGAGGAGGCGGAGGAGCGCCGGAGCGGGCGGACUGACGGGCGGAAGGCAGACCGGGCUGGGCCUGACGGCGGCGGCGGCAGAAGGACUCGGGCGGAGAAGAUGGCGGACGGGGACAGCGGGAGCGAGCGAGGCGGCAGCGGCAGCGGCAGCGGGGGAGGCGGCGGCGGCGGGGGCUUCCAGGGCCACCGCGGCGGCGGCGGCGGCGGCGGCGGCGGGCCGGGCCCGGAGCAGGAGACGCAGGAGCUGGCCUCGAAGCGGCUGGACAUCCAGAACAAGCGCUUCUACCUGGACGUGAAGCAGAACGCCAAGGGGCGCUUCCUGAAGAUCGCCGAGGUGGGCGCGGGGGGCUCCAAGAGCCGCCUGACGCUCUCCAUGGCCGUGGCCGCCGAGUUCCGCGACUACCUGGGCGACUUCAUCGAGCACUACGCGCAGCUGGGCCCCAGCAGCCCCGAGCAGCUGGCCCAGGCCGCCCCGGGCGGCGAGGACGGCGGCGGCGGCGGGCCGCGGCGGGCGCUCAAGAGCGAGUUCCUGGUGCGGGAGAACCGCAAGUACUACCUGGACCUCAAGGAGAACCAGCGCGGCCGCUUCCUCCGCAUCCGCCAGACCAUCAACCGCGGCCCGGGCGGCGGCGGCGGGGCGGGCUUCCCCGGCGGCCCGCCCGGCCUGCAGAGCGGGCAGACCAUCGCCCUGCCCGCCCAGGGCCUGAUCGAGUUCCGCGACGCGCUGGCCAAGCUCAUCGACGACUACGGCGCCGACGAGGACGAGCUGGGCGGCGGCGGCGGCGGGCCCGGAGGGGGCCCCGGCGGCGGCGGCGGCGGCGGGCUGUACGGCGAGCUGCCCGAGGGCACCUCCAUCACGGUGGACUCCAAGCGCUUCUUCUUCGACGUGGGCUGCAACAAGUACGGCGUCUUCCUGCGCGUCAGCGAGGUGAAGCCUUCCUACCGCAACGCCAUCACGGUGCCGUACAAGGCCUGGGCCAAGUUCGGCGGCGCCUUCUGCCGCUACGCCGACGAGAUGCGCGACAUCCAGGAGCGCCAGCGGGAUAAGCUCUACGACCGGCGCGCCGGGCCGGCCGGGCCGGGCAGCGGCAGCGGGGCCGGGGACGACUCGGACGGGGACGAUGUGGACGACGACUGAGCCUCUCCUCCUCCUCCGCUUCCUCCUCCCCAGAAGAUACCCCCUUCCCUCCCCAGCCGCCGCCGCCGCCGCCGCUCCUCCACUGGGGGGAUUGCCAUGGACCGGGGAGGGGGGACCCUCGGGGAGGGAAUGGAAACCGGGAGAAACCCGAUCCCGCGUUUCCUUCUCCCCCAGGGGAGGGAGAGAGCAAGCUUCGAGACCCCCUGCCUGCCCUGCCUUCACCCAGCGCUUCUGGAGCAGCCCCCAAUCAUCCCCUCCCCCCCUCCCCUCCCCCGUUUCCCACCCUGUCCUUGUCCCCAGGAUACAGCAUCUGUCCGUGAGUUGGCCCAGCUUUAAGCUCCCUGGCUUGACAUCCUCACCCUGCCCGGUAGAGAGGAAUCCUGGUGGGUGACCUCAGUUAACCUCUGUCCUGGCCCACAGUGAAGAAAAGGGGAUCCUCUGCAUCUCGAUCCGCUUGAGCUUCCUGCCCCAACGGCUGAAAUGUGUGGUUUUUUUCCUUCCUUUCCUUUUUUUUAAAACAUUUUUAUUUAUUGGAGGGGGGAUGGGGAGAGAAAUUCAUCUGAUCUCAUCUCCCUCUUUCUCUGGUGCCCUCCCCUCCCCAGCAUUUUGAGAUCGCGGUGGUCCUCCUCCGCUCUCGAAACCAGCAUUCUGGAGACUGCAUGGCCACUGAGCACAGUUGGAAGGAAGAGGCGAAGCCGGCACAGCUGUCCAGAUCCAGCAGCCUCGCCGGGCAGGUUGUAAAGAUUGAGGAUCGUGGACAGAUGUAGCCCCACGUGGAUGGGAAGGUUGAAGCCCAAGGCAGAUGGGAAGGUUGAAAUGGAGGGGAGGGGAGGGGAGGGGGGGAAGCAACCCUGAGGGUUUUCAGAAAGGUUGUUGGAGAGGGGAUGGAGCCUAUAUCUGGACCAACACCCUCUGUUAUUCUCCUUCCCCUCCCAAAUUUUUACCCGUAAGCUACCGGUGCCUGAACUGGAAUUGAUACAAAGUUACUCUAAAGUUGGCAGGUUCUAAAGGUCAUAAUGAAUCUUUUUUCUCCUUGGGGGUGGGGUGGGGGUUUGCAAACAGGCAGGUUCAAGAGAAAAAAGGCAUAAAGCACAAGGAAUGCAGAGUGGACUAGUUGCUGGUCACUAAAGUUCUUCCCCUUCUCUCCAAAUAAGGUGAAAGAGCAAAAUGGCUUUAGGCUUUAGUAGGAAGUAAAAAUUGGAGCUGCCUUUCUCUGGGCUUUUCAAACGACUACAGUGACCUAGUCCAGAGGUGGAAUCUGUUCCGUAGCUCGGUGGUUUGACAUGCAAAGCAUUAAAGUUGUAAUCGGGUAAAGGAAAGGGACGUGAAGCUUCGAGUCUGGAAGAAAUCGAGAGGGAAACCGAAAGCUGCUUUCACCGUGCAAAUAAGUGGACACGUUCUAUGAAAAUAGACACCAAGAACCUCAGGUCCAGAAGUCCAGCAUCUGUUGUUAUUCUAACAAGAUUUUUUUAACAACAAGAGAACACAAUCCAUUUCCUCAGUACCUCGCGUGAUGUUAACAGCAGCGGAUUGUUCAGAGCAACGUCUGCCCCGUGGGAGGUUCAUACUCUUCACUAAAGAGGGGCAGAAUCAAGCCAAGUUCUGUGACUGUGAACAUACCCUGGCAGCAGUUUACCACCGUCAAAUUUUACUCUAGACUGGCUACUGCCUAUUCGUCCAGUUGUCUUUCCCAAGCAGAGUUGGGUCUCCCCACCCAAAGAAUUGCCUCAUCUAUAUUUUAAAUGGAUUCUUACCUAAAAUGAUAUUUUUUUAAACUAAUGAAGUCAGUCCUAUUCCCUCUAAAAAAAAAAGUGUUUUUAGCUACAUUAUACACUAGCAACUUUGAAUUGAAUGGAAAUUAAUACUGUUAAUUACAAAGUUCCGGGUAUUGUUUGUGCGACAUCUUAGAGGCAGGUAAAGCUUCCUCUACAAUCUUUUAAAAUUGUGCAUGCCCGUCCUUUAUUUGAGCUGCCUUUUUAAUUUAUUGCAUACCCUUAUGUACCUUAUUUUGGUAUUGCUCUUCUCUACACUGUCUUUGUUUUGUAUUUAUUAGAAAGCAAAGAGGCAUAUAAAAGGCAUUUCCUCACUCAGUUGUUGCUGCAGUAGGGAAAUUGGCUGGAAUUUUUCUAUAAAAAAUUGGGUUUUGCUACAGUUAUUAUAAAGCUCAGCAAAUGUCAGAUUAGUUUAUCACAAACAUGAUUGUUUGUUUUAAAAGCUGUUUCUUUAUUCCAUGUGUCCAUGGUAGAUCUUAUAUCCUUGAAAACCUUUCCAUUUUUCUCCGUUGCAAAGAACUUGUUUCCUGAAUUGUAAUGGGAGCAAUAGUAUUUCCUGAUGUUUUAAUUACAUCCAUAUACUUGUACUGUAUUUUGUACUCUCCAAGGCAGCUGUUUUCAAUAAUGUCCUGCUGUAUUUACCUAUGUAUUUUUGUUCUAUUGUAUUUAGUUCUUUGCUGCGGAGAACAAUAUUCACCCACAAAAAUUUCAGUGUACAGGUCAGGACACUGCAGCCCCGGUAGGAUGGUAGAAAACUCUGCUUAUCUAAUGAGAGCUAUAGGCAGCAAUGAAAAUUGAGGCUGCAGAUGCUUAAUAUCUAUUGCUGUAACUCUUCACUCAAUUUAAAACAGUGUAUAAUACUUGUGUAGACCAACAUUUUUGUUGCUUUAGUGGUAAUUGGUUCCCCUCCCCCCCCUUUUUUUUGUUGCUCAGCUGCCAUGAGCCAGUUCUUGCAAAGAUGCAGUACCUCUCCUUUUCAGGAGAGCUUUUGGGGGUUUUUUGGCUGAAUUGUAGUAACUAGCCUUACCUUUGUAUUACACGGUAGUGACAGGAUUUUGACUGUCCCUGGCCAGUGGCUAUCUAAGCUAUAAUUAGCUGCCCAAAAAGUAUGUGGAAGUGGACAGAAGCGUAUCAGUUGUUUACCAAGGAGCAUUGCCAUAUAUGGUGUUGCCUUUGGCAACCAGUCAUUGUAGACCAGCUAAACUGAUACUGAGUACGCUGAGUGAUACCUGACCCUCCAAGGUGUGUAGUUAGGGUGGCAGUGCAGGAUGCCAGUGGGAUACUAAGGUGUUGGGCCUGCUUGCACUCAAGUAUAAAUUGUAGGCUUUUAACUAUUCCACAAAUAUUGAGGCUAUCAUACUAUGCUGGGUUAAUGCCCAGGGUUCGUUCUUUCUAGGGAGAAAUUAAUUCUGGUGCUGCAGGCCUGGCUUAGAUGCAGCGUAUUUCAGUGAGGAAACCAUUCCUUCUGUUUGUUGAAGAAUGGGGAAGAGUUGCCUGAAAUCUAUGUGUUCCCCUUCCCCUUGCAGAACUGUAAAUUUCUGGGCCUAAACGACAGUGGAGGUGGCAGAUACUUUUCAGAUUCAUUUGGAAGCAUGAAUUGGCCUCUGAUGAAGAGGACUCCUCCGUUGCUUACGGCUAAGCAUUAGAAAUCCUCCUCCUCUGCCUUCCCCGGCUGCUACCACCAUCUUGCACAAACCAUAUCUGAACAUUUGCAUCCUGCUCUCUGAGUCUGGUAGGUCGCCUCGGCUGGUUUCUGCAAAUUCCAAACGGGCAGCUUUGUGUCCGCUUGGAUUAGCUACUGUUCACGAGGCGAUGUUCAACCACGUUAGGAAAACAUACUACCCUGGAUUCAAUCCAACACGAGUGAACUUUAUUAUUCCUGUUAUACUCUUGUGCUUAAAUGUCUAUUUGAGUAACAAAAAGCUUCUCUAUUCUUGGUGCUGCAGUUAACUCAUAUCUCGAUCUCUUUCUGCAGCGAUGUUGACAGUGUGUCGGUGCAUCUUACAAGCUGCUGCAUCCUGCAUACCUGUGAUGAAAUAGCUUGAUCCCAAUGAAGUUGGAGUUAAGCUGUGACAUGUUAGGUGUGUUGAUUUAAGUGGCUUGUGGAUUGCAUUGUCAUAUUUACAUGUAGAUUUUGUAGAGGGGGAAAAUGGGUGAUCUCUGUAGCUGGCAUUUCUAGGCAUUGCCCCUAGAAUGGUGCAUCUGCUGUACAAACAAAAUGUAAAUCUUGUAUAGCACCAAAAAUUGUAAAUAUGCGAGACAUACAGGUAUAAAUGCCCGUAGCUUUAGCUCACAUCUAGUUAUGGGCCAUGUUCCUAUUUCCAUAGCUAUCUGCUUCAGAGUGAUUGCAGGCCUAACAGAGGAGACUGAUUCUUCGUUUUUUUCCUCAAAGAGAAAGCAAUUGCUGUUGCUCACCCUGGAAUCCUCUUUGCACAAAUCACAGAUAUUUUUUUUUAGUAAGAUUUUAGCUUCUACUUUAGUGUCUCUCUAAACUACAACUUAUGAUCCUGUCCUUACUUGUACUUUUCAGGAUAAUGGGCACAAGAGGCAGGUUACAACAAACCCCUCAUAUUGAGUGGUCCCUUUGUUGACUGCGCACUUCAGGUAUUGGAAUAGCUGAAGAUGGUUAAUGAUUUACUCCCGUCAUUUAAAAAAAGUGUAAUAUAUUUGACUAUACAAGACAUCUGAAAAGUGACUAACUCAGGCUACUUUUCUCGUGUGAGGGUGGCAGUUUUGUGAUUUUGGUAGAAAACUGUUCAUUGCAUAAACAUGCUUGGACAUCUCAAAGUUUUAAUAGAUGAUGGUACUUUAUCUGAUGCACAAUUUAAUCUCUCAGCAGAUAUUCACUUUUUUGUUCAAAAAAAUGUGGCCUUGACUCUUCAUGGGAGGAAAGAGAAACUUGCUUUCCCUAUAUGUAAGUGGCACUUUUUUGGCUUUGAAACUAUUCUGAUUCUGCAAGUUCUUCGUAGACAUGUUACUGAUGUGCUUCCUUUUAUAAGCAAGUGAAAUGGUCAGUGUAUUGAAAUACGUUUGCUAUGAAUCCCAUUUAGUUUUAUAAAGGAACAGGAAUGCCUGAGGCAAAAUAUCUAAAACAUAAAGGACAAUUAUGCUCCUUUUUAAUAGAACUGAUUGCAAUUAUUUCUGAAGAAAUGCAGUGUAGAUAAUUUUAGUUUUACCGAGCAUAAUCCUACAGGCACAGCUAUGUUAUGGACGUAAUGGGUUUGUGUCAGAUCCUUGUUAUUUUUGUAGAGUAUCUGGGGAUAGAUUGAUGUGAAUGCUUCCAGAUACCUAGUGCCCUUCCCAAACUAAAAAUUGCCGAAAGAGGAGAGAGCAACUGAGUUUGCUGUGUCGUUGUAUCAGGUGGAUGUUCCCAGCGUUUUAAGUCAGUACAGAUACCAAGCAGUGACAGGUAUAUUUCUUGAUUCUUUGUUCACUCUGAUGAAUCUGUGGUGUAAAUACAUAAUCUUCACGGUAGCUUCUUCCCUUGCCCUGAAAUACAAUCUGUGGUAGUCUGAUUCCAGGUAUGUGGGAGGUAUUUAGGAGUCUUGCCUCUUGUCGAGUAUUGCUGCUUAUGAUAGUUUAGUGUCAGCAAAAUUACCAUAGUUAAAUGUUGUGCUUGAGCAUUAAUUGAAUCAUUUUGGUUGUCUGAUGAAACUGACUUCUUAAACUUAUAUAGUUGGGAAUGAUUUAUUGGAUUAAUGGAUUAUGACUACAGAUGGGAAAAGUCUGGUUGAAGUGAAAGAAUUCAACUUUCCCCCCUUCACAGGUUCCGAGAAACCUCAGCUUUUGCACUUUGUAGCUUUCAUAGCCAUCGACAAUUACAUAUACACAAACAUCCCAAGAUUAUGUUUUGUUUUCUUUUGUUCUGUUCUGUUUUGGAGAUAAUGUGACAUUGGGGAGAGGAACAUAGCAAAAAUCUAAUAGCUGUCUCGUGCAGGAUUUUCAGCCUAAAGAAGUUUUAAUAUAUGAAGCAAGCAUUCAGACCAGAUGUAACCAUGGAUUACUACCUCUUGUACCUUGUCAAAUCACAAUUAUCUGCAAUGGUGCUAGAGUAAUUUCAUCUUAACAUUGCUUCUCUGUUAUAUGUCUAGUAGAGUCAGUUUUUUCCUUUAAAAAUUCCCCAUUAUGGUCUAGACGUUCAAACAACUAUAUUGUAUAGUUGUAAAGAGAGAACAGUAACAAAAUGGUUCAGAUAUAAAAUGGAACAGCUAGUUUUUAUUAGCUUGAGCUAGAUUUGGAUUUUUCAGAGAGUAGCCUGUUCUGUGUAUGACAAGCCACUUCUCAAGAAUGAGCGGAUUUUCAGAAUAAGUUGGUGGCACACAGGAGAGAAAGAGCCUAAAAUAAUGCCCAGUGCCUAUAAUUCCACUGGAUGUGCUGAAAGAUUUCUGGCCUGUGAUUUUCAACAUAAGCCCGUGAUUGUGGAAUUUAAGCCCAGUUGUAUAAAUUAAUUUGUGUCUAAUUUUGGAAGGGCGAAUUAAAUCACAGACUCUGUAGGAGUACAAUUCCGGCCAAUGGAAUUGCUCCCAGUGGCGGUUCCACCCUUGCUUAGCUUUCAGGUAUUUUAUUGAAGGCUUUCUGUUGGAUUUCUAAGGAGAAGCAUUAGAUUGCCAACGUAUUUACCUAGCAAAUAAGGAAUAUUGAUGAAUUUACUCUGCUUUAUUAGCUUGACAUAGGAGUGAAGGUGUUUUUUGCUACUGUCUUCACUCCAGCCCCUCCAUUUUAAAAGGAGAUAAUGCUUAAAGUUUCAAUAUCUACUAACAAAUGCCAACAAAAUUCUAUCUCUAAAAUUCUGCAUAAGGAAGGUUUAGCGUGCUUUGUCAAAGCCAUUUGUAAUAUGCUGCUAUGUAGCCUUAAUAUUGUAAUGUAUUGUGUGUGUAUAUAUAUGUACAUAUACACUUAAAUACAAAGUAAGGGGCCCACAGCUAAGAAGCAGAAGGUUGUGGUUUGUUGAAGCUCUUGUAAAAACAUGGGAAAGCUGGCUCCUGCUCUGUGCAGCAGCCAAGAUAGAUUGUAUUUAAAACUUGCAGAAAGAAAAUAAUUUAAAACAGCAGCCACUACUCAUCAUUUUAACCUAGGUAAAUGUCCAAGGCCAAAUUCUAAUUUCUUGCCCUGUUCUUUUGUGUUGAAAGGCCUUCUGGUUAGAAAAUUCCCAUAUUGGAAUUUAAGUGGGAUUUACAAGAAGAAUACAGCUUAAUCUUUUUGUUUCUUCCCAGUGCCCUCUCUUGGAAGUAUUGGCCCAUUCUGUUCCAAUGUGAGAUGCUAUGCUAAUUGGAUUCCCAAGUGAUCUGGCUUGUGCGGAAUGUCUGAAUAUUUGAACUUCCCCACUUUUUGCAGCGUGGCUACCUAGGAGAAGGGGUGGCAGCUCUUAGGUAGACACCACCUAUUAAUGAAGCUGCUAUGAACUUUUUCUUUUGCCACUUUGGUCCUGUUAUAACUGAAUAACCCCCCUUCUGGUAUGUUGCAAACGGGCUAGUGUGUUGUUGCUGAAACUAGAGGCUCACUGCUCCUAGUUUCCAGAAAGCUAAGCGGAAGGAUGAUUCUUAACAUUUCUGCAAAAGAAGGGUUUUCUAACUGAUCUGCUAGGGAUCUGGGGCUCCUAAGAGUCUUAUUGAAUGUGGUAGACAAAGCUAAGAACUCAUCAACCCUACCUGAGAAAGCUUUGCAGUGCCACUGGUUCUGCAAUAGAUGUACAAGCCGGGAAAAACUUACUUGGAAUAGGUUCUCUGAUGUUGGAACACACAAAAAUCCAGUGAGCUUUGAGCAACGGCUGUUCUUGUGGUAAGGAGUUUACUUUUGCUGGUGUUACAUUGCCAGUUCUGAAGUGCUGGCAGUCUUCCACGUUCUGCCAAGACCACUGGAACAAAUGCUUUAGUUCUGAUUUUUGAAAUAUUGCUCUUUUUUGCAACUUAGUUGAACAAACAUUUGCACAAUGGGUGGAACUUGCAAGCACAUGUUCUGUAUUGGAACGAUAACAAAUCUUUUUCCAAGGCAGGGGCUAGCAAUCGACCCAUCUGACGCUGGGCUCACUGUAGUCGUAAAAUCUGUUGCUAAGCGUUGUGCCAAAGGGUUUCUCAAAGCUAAAGGACAGGACAAUGAAAAAUGGCAAGGUUAUGGGGGAAUCACUGCUGCCAGGAGUGGAAAUUUACUAGGCUGAAUGUACGAUGUCAGAAAGUAAGCAGAUAAUUUAAUUUGAUGGUGGCAUUAACAGAAACGUGUGCAAGUGAUAAUUGAUCAUAUACAGAUGUAAUCAGCCAACCCGUAUGUAAAUAUACACAUGUUUGUACAUUGUAUACAUAGAAACAUGUCUGUGUACAUGUGUAUGUAUUUAUAAAAUUGUUUCUCUGCUAGAUGCAAAAGUAGCUCUAAUUUUAUAUUAUAAUACAUAUAUAUAUAUAUAUAUAUAAAUAUAAAUAUAUAUAUACGCAAAAGGCUCCCCUCUAUAAAUAUAUAAAUGCUAGAAAUUUGUAGUAAUAUAGGACUGAUUUCAGGAAUAUCUGCUGAGAGACCAAAAAGUUCACUUUGAAGUACCUUAAUUAAAAAAUAAAGUUUAUUCCUCUUGUUUAUUUUUUUAUUAAAAUUUAAAUGCACUUUAACUGGCAACCUACAUACGCAGACCUAGCUGCAUGGUGCAGUUUCAGACGUGGAAAUGUUUUAAAAGUGCAGCACCCGUUGAAAAUAUAUAUUCCUUUCUCACCUGCCAAGCAGAGCGCUGGAAAUGAUUUGAAAAUCGCAGGGUCCGAGCUGCCUGUUUGUCUUGCUGCCCAUUGGCUGAAGCUUAGAUUCUGGUUUCCCUGGGGGUGGGGGGUGGGGAUGGGGGCUGGCAGGACUGCUUUUUAAAGAGGCUGUUGUCAAAUAGGCAGGUCCUGGAUUUACCACUAGCUAACUAGCAAAAAAAAAUAAGUCCACAUGACAUAAAUAAUUCCUCAUGCUAGUUGAGCACUCCUUAAAAUAGCAGGUUUUUGCAAAUGGAGUUUUACAGUCUAUAUUUAAAAAUUGUAUGUUUGUAACAAAUAAAAAGUAUGCGGAAAAGUGAA